AUGAUCCGUGUCUUAAGCGAGUCAGAGUUUCAAACUGAAAUCGUUCAGAGGUAUACUGACGUUAUUGGUGAAAAGCUUGGAGGGAAAGUGUUGGGAUGUUCCGACGAGUGGUUCGCAGCCGCAGAGAAUCUAAUUAAACCUAAAGCACCGAUCAGAGAUGCUACUAAAUUUACAUAUGCUGGUGCCUGGUAUGAUGGCUGGGAAACCAGAAGGCACAACCCAGAGGAGGCUGACUGGGUGAUUAUAAAAAUGGGCGUCUCGUCGGCAGCUUUGAUCGGUUGCGAGAUCGAUACUGCAUUUUUCAAUGGUAAUCAUGCUCCGUUUAUUUCUGUCGAAGCCGCAACUCUUACUGACGACUCAAAUUUUGACGGCAUUCAAUGGGACGAAGUCAUUGAGAAAGUUGAAUGCGGCCCCUCUCAGAGGCAUUUUUUCAAACGCAAGGAGAUCACGCCUAAAAAGUAUACACAUGUGAGAUUGAGGAUGUAUCCUGACGGAGGAAUUGCAAGAUUUAGACUUUACGGAACAGUCUAUCCUGUGAUACCACAAGAUAUCAGCAGCAUACUUGAUACAGCCAGUGCAAAUAACGGAGGCGUGUGUGUUGCAUUUUCAGACCAGCAUUUCGGUUCUGCUGAUAACUUGCUCCUUCCAGGUCGUGGCCAUGAUAUGUCGGACGGUUGGGAAACCAAGAGAUCGCGGACUGUCGGUCAUACCGAUUGGGCCAUCAUUAAGCUUGGGUUCAAAACUAACGUCACUAAGCUGAUCGUUGAUACAGCUCAUUACAGAGGUAACUUCCCUCAGUUCAUAACAAUUGAAGGCAUCAAUACUGAGAAAUACUCUCCAGCUGUGGACGACCCUAAAUGGACAUACCUUGUCGAAAAGACUAAGACUGGGCCGGACAGAGAACAUGAAUAUGAAUCUAUGUCAGACCAGCCUGUCACACACGUGAAGCUAACCAUGAUCCCCGACGGUGGGGUCAAGAGACUCAGAGUUUUUGUGCCCGUUACAAAGAUUGAGCUUGUUCCAAAUCUAGAUCAAGAUCUGAUUUUGAAAGUUUUGCAGGAGAUCGAGCCCGAAAAUGCAUACUAUUGCAAGAGGGUUAUAGAGAAACUCAUCGUAUUCAUAGAGGAAAAAGGCGAAGAAAUCAACGAUGGCAUGUAUGAAAAACUAAGCAGUCUUCUUCAAGCGGCUCCGCUGAGCCCGACUCAAACCGAAGUGAUAUCCUACUGCGUAUCGUCUAAACCAGGCAAUAAAGAUUUGAAUUUAAAAGUUCGAGAAGCACCAAAUGUGAUAUCAGGUUUGGGGACUACGGGAUUGCGCACAUGGGAGGCGUCUCUAUAUCUGGCAGAGUACCUGCUGAAUACUGACUACUGUGAUCUCAAAGAUUCGACAGUUUUGGAACUUGGCUGCGGAACAGGUCUGGUAGGCAUGGCCCUCUAUAAAUAUCAUCCAACUGUGAAAAAAAUAUGCAUAACAGACGGCGACUCCCAGUUGAUAGAAAACCUACCAUCCAACUUGCAAUUGAAUGAUAUACCGGUAGAAUCGCCCAAAAUUUCAAUAUCUAAACUAUGUUGGGGCGAAGACGAGCUUCCUGAUCCGAAUAUUGAUACCAUAGUAGCUGCAGAUGUCACAUACGAUAGCAGCAUUUUAGAUGAUCUUGUCAGCCUAAUAUAUGAAUCAAUGACUCAAAACAAUCAGGGCUUCAGGUUAGUGCGAAAUGCAUACAUUGCAGCCACUGUGAGGAAUGAGGCCACUUUGAAGGAAUGGGAAAGAUUACUCAAUCUCGGAGUUCAGGAUAAGAUAUGGGAUUGGACAAUUAUGGAGCCCUUGAGGUUUGAUGGAAUUUGGUAUCCUGAAAGUACACCUGAGAUUCGCAUCUAUAGAAUAAUCAAAUUAUAA